AUGCCGACCACCUCCGUGCCCACGCCCUCGCUGCUCCUGACCAAGCGCCUGACCGCCUUCCUGCGCUCGAACCUCGGCGCCCACAUCCACACCGCGGCGCUCACCACGCCGUCGGGCAAGCUCCUCGCCCACGCGUCGCCGCACCCGGUCGCCGCCCUGCGCACCCAGUGCACCGUCGCCGCCUCUAUAUGGGCGCUGUACGCGACGGCCGAGGCCAGCACCGCCGUGGCCGAGGCGCUGCCGCCGCCGCCCGCGGAGCCCUCGUCGCCGCCCGCGCCCUCCGCCGUCGUCGUGCAGCUGGCCGGCGGCGUCGUCGUCGUCCGGCGCCUGCGGUGCCGGCUGCUGUUCGUCUGCGUCGGCCCGUCCGCUGCCGCCGACCUGGGCGCCAGCACUGCCACCCUGCCUCCGCAGCCCCAGCCCCAGCACCAGCUAGCCCGGCCCGUGCCCCAGCCGCCCGCGAGCGACCCCCACCACCACCACCACCACCACCACCACCCGAUUAGCCCGCCGCUGGGCUCCCCCUCCGAGGUGGAGAGCGUGGCCAGCGCCGGCGCCGCGACCACGGCCAGCGUCGCGACCUCGGCGAGCGUCGCCGCCUCCGCCGCCGUCGCCACGCGCCGCCAGGCCGAGGAGCUCGCGCGCUGGCUCGACGACAGGCUCGGCUCGCUGGGCGCGCUCGAGGACGGCCUCGGGAUCGAGCCGCGGUAGCGACGCGGGAUGCGCGCCGCCGCUGCGGGCGAGCUCGGCCGCGGCCGUCUUCUCUUGCUUCCUUGCGUCGUCUGACCGUGCCGGCUGGGAUGACGCGCAGGCUCCGACCUAUCUACCGCCUCGGUUUUUUUUUAAACCGCUAGCUCGGGGCAUGGAGCGCCUACGAGUUUCUCGUCCAAGUGUCGUUUCUCUAGGCCGGGCGUUUUUCCGGCAGCACUUGCCGGCAGGGUUUUGCGUGCUCCGGGGCCCGGCAUGAGAGAGGAAGGGGAAGGGCGGGGCC